AGGAAAGAAGAGAGGUACUUCAGAAGGCAAGACGAAUAGAGAUCCACAUUCGUUGUCUGUGACAACGACAGAAUUAUUACAAGUAGUCGUGAAGGAACUAAUCUGAGAGAGCCAUGCGGUGGUACCUGUGUGUGCUCUUCCUCACGGGUGUGACUGUGACUGUGGGGAUGCAGCAGACCUCAGCAUCCUUCCCCCCUGGAGCCAGCGCCCCUGGAGACAUCAUCAUCGGAGGCCUGUUCCCCCUCCACCGCGGAGCCCGACUAGAGCCCACCCAAGACCUAAGGAGUCACCAUCACUCAAUCUGUGUGGAUUUAAACGUGAACCGCAUUACCCAAGCCUUGGCCAUGAUCCACGCCGUGGAGGAAGCCAACCGCUCCGCAACGCUUGCCGGGCUGGGCAUCACCCUGGGUUAUCUCAUCCACGACUCCUGUUCAGACGUCAGCAUGGCUCUACGGGCAUCCAUCGACUUGACCAAGGCCUUCAGCUUCGGCAGUACUGGCAGUAGUGGUAGUGUCUUCAAUGGUGGUGCUAGUGGUGGUGGGAACUGCCAGUCAAGGAACACCACCAGCUCUGAGCGCAGGCAGCCUGUGAUGGCUGUGGUGGGGGCCUCCUCCUCGGAGCUCUCCAUCUCGGUGGCUCGACUGCUCACUCUGGAAAUUACUCCUCAGAUUAGUUACGCAUCCACAGCGACGAUACUGAGUGACAAGGUUCGCUUUCCUGCCUUCAUGCGGACCGUGCCCAAUGACAACUACCAGACGUGUGCCAUGGUGAAGCUGUUAAAAGACAACAAGUGGAAUUGGGUGGGUAUAAUGAGCACAGAUGGGGACUACGGGCGGUCGGCGGUGGACAGUUUCUCGUCACAAGCGGCACAGAAUGGCAUCUGCCUGGCCUUCAAGAUAGUCCUGCCCGACUCUGUGACCAAUCCCAAAGUGAACAGCUCCAUCCUCCAAGCCGUCCGAACUAUACGUGACAACGAGCGGGCGAAGGUGAUAAUUUCCUUUGCCAAGCCAAUAUACAUGCAGCGGUUGUUCGAGGAGUUACUUCGAGGACCACCUGAAGACAGAGUGUGGAUCGCAAGCGAUAGCUGGUCCAAUUCCGGCAAUCAGAUGGAUCACCUCAAUUUCACCUCCCUCGGGACGGUCGUCGGGUUCUUCUUCAAGAGCGGCAACACCUUAUCCUUCCAGCAGUACAUCAAGCAAGUGACCGCCAGCAAAGCUUCGCAGCAGAGCAAUAGCAUCCCCUUUAUGCAUGAAUACUACGACACAGUGCAUCCCUCCAAUUUCACGUCGGUGCUGCUAAACCACAUCAACUCGGCUACUGUCUUCAGCAUCCACAUGGCCGUCAAUGCCAUAUCUCAGGCCGUUGCACAGCUCUGCUCUAAACACAACUGCAAGACUGCUGGAGUAGUUCAACCAUGGCAGCUCCUCCGUGAGCUGAAGAACACAACGUUUCAGAUGGAAGGCAGGAAGUACAGAUUUGAUGAACAUGGAGACGUGAACCUGGGCUACGACAUCUCCAUCUGGUCUACCACUGAAGGAGCCAUAAGGUCCCUCAACGUGGUGGCAGAGUAUCACCCACUCAACAACUCUAUCAGACCAACCAGCCCUGAGAUGGCAUGGCUGCUAGCCGACCUCAAGAAUGUUGUGUCAAAGUGCUCCAACAGCUGUGAGCCGGGAGAGGUGAAGAAGACCGUGGAGGGCCAACACAUAUGCUGCUAUGAAUGCGUGAACUGCCCCCCAAACUAUUACUCCAACAACACAGAUAUGGAUCAAUGUCUCAGCUGCGACAUUACCAAAGAGUGGUCACCUGCCAGAAGUGAGGUCUGCCAGCUGAAGACCAUGGAGCUGUUGGACUGGGAGGAUGGCUUCGCUAUCGUUCUGCUAUCGCUAGCAGGCCUCGGUGUCCUCAUGGCACUAGUCAUUUCUGUGCUGUUCCUGUGGCAACGGAACACACCGGUGGUGCGGGCGACGGGGGGUCCUUUGUGCCAGGUCAUCCUCUUCUCUCUGAUUGGCAGCUUCAUAAGUGUGGUGUUCUUUGUGGGCCAGCCCAGCGACAAAAAAUGCAAGGUUCGCCAGGUGCUGUUUGGCCUGAGCUUCACCCUGUGUGUAUCGUGCAUCCUGGUGAAGUCUCUGAAGAUCCUGCUGGCUUUCCAAUUCAACCCAUCUGUGCAGCAGGCCCUGCGACGUCUCUACAAGCCCUACAUCAUCAUCGGGGUUUGCAUGGGGCUUCAGGUGGUGGUCUGCAUCCUCUGGUUGGUGCUGCGCAGUCCAAAGGCGAGAUAUAGCCCAGGAACAACAACCGUGCUGGCCGAGUGCGAUGAAGGUUCGUACGCGGCAUUCGGCACAAUGCUGGGCUACAUUGCUUUUCUGGCACUUGUCUGUUUCGGUUUCGCCUUCAAGGGUCGGAAACUUCCGGAGAGCUACAACGAAGCCAAGUUCAUCACCUUUGGCAUGCUCAUCUACCUCAUGUCGUGGGUGAUCUUCAUUCCUGUGUACGUGACCACCUCUGGAAAGUACCUUCCCGCUGUGGAGAUGGUGGUUAUCAUCAUGUCUAACUACGGGAUCCUCUGCUGCCAUUUCCUGCCCAAGUGCUACAUCAUCCUCUUCAAGAAGGAGUACAACACCAAAGACGCAUUCCUGCAGGAUGUCUACGAGUACUCUCAGAGGUCAUCUGGCUCAGUGAGCAUGGGUUCCACACAGAUAGAGUCUGAGGAGAAGACAAGCAGUGAGGUCUUCACCAUUAGCCAGGUUUCCCCUGACCUGACGUCCAAAAUUGAGAAUAACAACUGUAAGGGAACUGUGGACUUGGAAAAUACCACCUUAGAAUUUACGAAAGAGCAGAUUCUCAGCCCUGUGAACUUGGUGGGCUCAGUUUCCAUGAGCACGAUGGAGCUGAAGCUGAACAAUGUUGAUUUGGAAAGUGGUAUCUCAGCAGUCACACAGAAGCCUGUGAUGAAUGAGGUGAACUUAGAAGGUCCUGCCCUAAGGUCCAGAAAGAUGUCCACAUCAAAAUCUCUAAAAAGGACAUACAGUAUAUGACAAAGUUGUCAGAAUGUUUAUUCAUUUCUGAUUUCUGGUAGCAAUGACAGACCAGAGACAGUUUGAGCCACACAUACAAGAUAUUUAUGAUGGUGGUUUUGAUGCCAGGUUGAAGACGGAAUGCAAAACAAAUUUGGGUUAAUAUUGUCAUAUUUUGAUCCUCACUGAUAUUGUCAUGUUGUAUUAUAAUAUCUGCACAGUUUGUAAAUAUGUACAGUGUUUAUCCAUUUCUACUCGUCUAUGUCUCGAUAAAGGUUUGCACAUUUGUUUUUUGUAAAUUAUGUGAUUUCUUAUUUCAUAUUGAAAGCGAAUUUCCCCCAUUGGUUC